UGAACACCUGUAUUAUUCUAAAAAUCAAAAGUUUAUAAGUUUAUAAGACCUCAGUGAGUUCAGUCAGAAAACUGGGAUUUGCAUGGGUAUGACAGUUGCGAUGUUACGACGAAAUAUCAUGCGCGUGCUAAUGACUACCAUCUGUGUUAUUUUGCUAACUAAUAAAAUUACAGGAUCUCUGGCAAUGGCUGACCAGCUCACACACGAACAGAUUGCAGAAUUUAAGGAAGCAUUUUCCCUGUUUGACAAGAAUAGUGAUGGCACAAUAACAACCGAGGAGUUGGGAACUGUGAUGAGAUCAUUGGGACAGAACCCCACAGAGGCUGAACUCCAGGGCAUGAUCAACGAGGUCGAUACUGAUGGUAAUGGUGCAAUAGACUUCCCAGAGUUUUUAACAAUGAUGGCUCGCAAAAUGAAAGAUACUGACGCUGAGGAAGAAAUUAAAGAAGCAUUCCGUGUGUUUGACAAAGAUGGUAAUGGUUACAUCAGUGCUGCUGAAUUACGGCAUGUAAUGACAAAUCUCGGUGAAAGACUUGCAGACGAAGAAGUAGAUGAGAUGAUCAGGGAGGCAGAUAUUGAUGGAGAUGGUCAAGUGAAUUACGAAGGUAAUGAGGAGUUAUUCCCUACUUUUGCUUGCGCUUGUAGCUGCUUCAGUUUUAGUUAG